AGGGACAUCAGAAAACUCCUUAUCACUAGAUAGCAUUUAGAGGUGGUGAGAUUCAAGGAGAUGGCAAUGGAGAAACGCUUUGUUCUGUUGCUGGCCGUGUUGCUUGGCCUCCAAUCUCUCGUGGCCGCUACUCCUGGGACGGCCACCUAUUACACCCAAUACGUCCCCUCCUCUUGCUACGGCUACGAAGACGAGGGCACCAUGAUUGCAGCGGCGAGCGACGCCAUCUGGGACAACCGCGCAGCAUGCGGGCGAAUGUACUCCGUGAGGUGCACCGGUGCAACGAACGAAGGCGUGCCCCAUCCUUGCAAGGACACCAGUGUGGUGGUGAAAAUUGUCGAUUACUGCCCACCACCUGGCUGCCGGGCCACCAUCGACCUCUCUCAGGAGGCCUUUGCUGCAAUUGCUGAUCUGAAUGCCGGCAAGAUCGAUAUCGACUACACACAGGUCUGAACACUGAACUGCCUCCGAGAGAGCUGCUAGCAGUGAAGAUUCCAAGAUUUCCAUAUCAUAGUAGAAAUAAACAUCAUUUAGGUUUGAUGGCAUGUAACUACAAUAAGGGAUGUGUAAUGCUGCAUUUUGUGCGUACAAAGUGCGUAGUUUUAUCAACUAAAUAAAGUCAUCCUCAUAUCUCAGAGACAAGGGUUGUUCACUCUGUUUCAAACCAUUUUGCGUGGUUGUGAAGGAUAUUUUGGACGAGCAAUUUUAUUUAAGGUGUGGUUAGCUUCCUUUUUUUCAUUAUUUCAAAUAUGGCCAUUGACAUAAUUACAAU